UCAAAAACUUUGAUGUUUUUUGAUGGUUGUCCUAGGCGUUUAGGUUGCACGGUCUUGCUGAGGGGUUUGUGUUGUGAAGAGCUCAAGAAGGUGAAGAAAGUCUUCCAGUAUGCAGUCUUUGCGGCAUAUCAUCUGUCCCUUGAGACAUCGUUCCUUGCUGAUGAGGGUGCUAGUUUACCUAAAUUGUCUGUAACACCCUCAAUUGCCAUACCAGAGAUGAUAUCUGCUGAUAAUGCUAUUUCAGUGAUUUCUCAUACUGCUGAUAAUGUAGGAUCUGCCACCUGCAAUGCCGAUGUUGGGUUACCAGCGUCAUCAUUGGAGCAUCAUUACCCUCCUUAUAAUGAUCCACACACCCUAAAUGAUUCCAGAGACAGAGAUGUUCUCGCUACUGCAUGCCUUGACAAUUUACAUGAUAUAAGACCUGUUGAAUCUGUUGAAACAAAAAAUCAAACCGGUGAAAGAUCACAAGUAAAAUUAGGUCAAGUGGAGAGUCAACCAAGAGAAUUACCAGAGCUGUCGAAGCUUGAGAGAUCAGAUGAAAUUGAACCCUCUAAUGAAUUCUAUUCAGCUGCUGACAGUCAUCAAAGCAUAUUAGUAUCAUUUUCUAGUCGAUGUGUUCUAAAUGGAAGUGUAUGUGAACGAUCUCGUCUUCUUCGCAUAAAGUUCUAUGGCUCUUUUGACAAGCCACUCGGGCGAUAUCUUCAGGAUGAUCUUUUUGGUCAGGUAUCUUCCUGUCAAUCAUGCAAGGAGCCAGCUGAGGAUCACGUCAUUUGUUAUACGCACCAACAAGGGAACCUUACUAUAAAUGUUAGACGGCUACCCUCAGUGAAGCUGCCUGGUGAAUGCGACAAAAAGAUAUGGAUGUGGCAUCGAUGUCUCAAGUGUGCACAAAUAGAGGGUAUCCCACCAGCAACUCCUAGAGUAGUAAUGUCAGAUGCUGCUUGGGGACUCUCAUUUGGUAAGUUUUUGGAACUUAGUUUUUCAAACAAUGCAACUGCCAACCGUGUUGCUAGCUGUGGUCAUUCUCUCCAAAGAGACUGCCUCCGGUUUUACGGGUGUGGUAGUACGAUUGCAUUCUUCCGCUAUUCUCCUAUUGAUAUUCUGUCAGUUCGUUUACCUCCAUCAACUCUUGAUUUCAGUAGCUACACAGAGCAGGAGUGGUUACGGAAAGAAACAGCUGAGCUACUGUGCAAAGCCAAAGCCUUGUAUGCAGAGAUAUCCAGUGCUUUUCGUAGGAUUGAAGAGAAAAGUUCCUCUUUAGAACAUGAACCAUCUGAUAAAAUUGAACUGCAUGACUGCAUCAUGGAGUUAAAAGACUUACUUAUGAAAGAAAAGAGUGAUUACCAUGACUUGCUUCAAACUGCUGAUACAGAAACUUCAGAACGAGGGCAGGCAGCGGCUGACAUUCUUGAACUUAAUCGCUUGAGGCAUUCCCUCGUGAUUGCUUCACAUGUUUGGGAUCGUCGGCUUUUAUCUGUGGAAUCCCUCCUUCAAGAGAGCUCUGGUUCAGUGGGUUCAGAGGAUUCUGGAUCUUGUAGUGAGCUGAUGGAUUGGAGAAAUGACAUGUUUCUGAAGAAUGACCCUCUUGAGCAUGUCUAUGAAGAGACCGAAAUUGACUUCUCAAACUUAGAGGAAUAUCCUGAACAUGAGGAGACUCAUGAGUCACCUUAUGGACUGGUGGAAGGCUCCAUGUUUACCUCAUGUGAGUUCGAGAAAACACAGGACAUGCGGAUGGAAGGAGAGAAUGCAGUUAAUAAAACAUCCCUGGAACGAGCUCCUUCAGCGGCUUCUGUUCUUUCUGAUAAGAUAGAUUCUGCUUGGACUGGUACUGAUCGAUCUCCCAAAAAAGCUCAGAUAAAUAUGAUAUUACAACGGAAUGGAUCUGAAGCUGCUCCUUUCAGGCAACUUGAUUAUCCUCCUUUUGCAAGGCUAAAAUCACCGGCAAGAGUUAACUCCUUCGACUCUGCACUGAGACUUCAAGACAGAAUCAAGAAGGGAUUGCCGCCUUCUUCGAUGCAUUUAACAGCAAUUAGAUCUUUUCAUGCUUCUGGAGACUAUAGGAAUAUGAUCAGAGACCCUGUUUCCUAUGUUCAGAGAACUUAUUCUCAAAUAUCACCCAGUGAGGCUCAGAAGGUUAAUCUCCUAAUGAGUCCAUCACCCUCGUUUAUUUCUUAUGCAUCUCUUGUACAUGAUGGAGCCAGGUUAGUGGUUGGAUACAAUGACAUAGUACUAGCUGUUUAUGACAAUGAACCUACUAGCAUAAUAUCUUAUGCUCUUAGUUCCAAAGAGUAUAAAGACCGAGUCACCGAUAAGCCAAAUGUGCCUGAAAGGGGUUGGAACACGAGCGACAUCAAGAAGGAGAAUGGAGCGGCUUCUAAUGUUUGGAAGUCUUUUGGCUCUUUAGACAUGGAUUAUAUCCAUUAUGGAAGCUAUGGUUCAGAAGAUGCUUCCGGUACAAUUAGUUCCCUCUUUGCAGAUUCCAAGACUUCCCCUCACCUGAGGAUCUCUUUUGAGGACGAAUCUUCAAAUGCCGGGGGAAAGGUGAAGUUUUCUGUCACUUGUUACUUUGCUAAGCAGUUUGAUGCGCUGAGGAAGAACUACUGUCCUGAUGAACUGGACUUUAUACGGUCUAUAAGCCGUUGCAAGAGAUGGACUGCUCAAGGUGGAAAGAGCAAUGUUUAUUUCGCUAAGUCAUUGGAUGAAAGAUUCAUAAUUAAACAAGUCCAGAAAACUGAGUUAGAAUCUUUUGAAGAAUUUGGACCCGACUACUUCAAAUAUCUAACGGAUUCUGUUAGCUCAAGAAGUCCAANUUCAAGGAGUCCAACUUCCCUUGCUAAAGUUCUGGGAAUAUAUCAGGUUUCAGUUAAACAAAUGAAAGGAGGCAGGGAAACAAAAAUGGAUCUGAUUGUGAUGGAGAAUCUCUUUUUUGGAAGAACAAUAUCCAAGGUCUAUGAUCUUAAGGGUUCUCUACGAUCCCGUUACAAUGCCGACAAAACUGGUGCAAACAAAGUGUUAUUGGACAUGAAUCUUUUAGAAACAUUGCGUACCAAACCUAUAUUUCUUGGAAGCAAAGCAAAAAGAAACCUGGAGAGAGCUGUUUGGAAUGAUACAUCCUUUUUGGCGUCGGUUGAUGUGAUGGAUUACUCUUUGCUAGUUGGUGUGGACGAAGAGCGCAAGGAGCUAGUCGUAGGGAUCAUUGAUUUCAUGCGGCAAUAUACUUGGGACAAACACUUGGAGACAUGGGUUAAGGCAUCUGGGAUACUUGGUGGGCCGAAGAAUGCAUCACCAACUAUUGUUUCUCCGAAACAAUACAAGAAAAGAUUCAGAAAGGCGAUGACAAGCUAUUUCCUAAGGGUACCUGAUCAGUGGUCAUCUUGAACAUCUUAAAUUCAUUGUAUUCAUUACAAGAACUUUUUGCCAAUUAGCAAAAAUGAAAUGGUAUUUGCAAAGAAUUGCAGGAAGGGUGUUUGAUCUAUUCCAAUUGGCCCAUUAUAUUCUUUUGUAAUACUAGGGGUAGCAAUUGGCCCCUUGUAAAAGGUUUACAAAUAGGGAACUGUCAUCUUGUGUGUUGAGAAAUCUGGCAAAGUGUACAUUUGAUUUUAACCAUCUGUACAUUUACAGGCUUCAUCCAGAAAAUUAAUAAAGUUUCUUUUGAUAUUUCUGUUA